GCCUUUAAAACUUUUUUCUUCUUUAUCGUACUCUUGAGAUUAAAUUUUAGCCUCUUUUUUUAUUAUUACAUAUUUAGCUAGCUUUAUGAUUCUUGAUUCUUGGCUGAGAUAAAUUAACUUUAUUACUGUUGAAUUAUCAAUGCCCAAAGAAAUAUUCAAAUUUCAGCGAUUGAAGUAUCAUAUAAAAGCCGUUUAUAAAAUCCAAUGAGAUUGAUGUUUCUUUGACAUAUAAUAUAAUUUUGAUAUGUUUUGAUAUUUGUUUUGCCGGAAAAAAUAUUAAAUGCGUAAACGAUUAUUCAACUCCAAAUUCCGGCUACACUAAUAUGCUAACGGAAGCACCACGUGAACAUCAGUUGAAGAUCAAAACGACGACGUCCCAAACACCCAAAAUUGAUUUCACAGCGCCCUGCUCCCGAGUCCUAGGAAAACUUGAGAAACCCCGAGAGCUCCGAUCUCAUUUCAUGACCUCGUUUCUUUCCAUCUCACUGACAGUCUUUCAAGCCUCAAUUUAGCAAAAAAGAACAGUAACAAGGUUCGAAAUUCUGAAACCGUUAAGCCAUGAGCACGACGCAACAAGGAACGCACUCCCUGGCAUUCAGGGUGAUGCGGCUUUGCAAGCCAUCGUUCCACGUCGAGCCUCCUUUCCGCCUCGACCCCGCCGACCUCUUCGUCGGUGAGGACUUCUUCGACGAUCCACUUGCCGCCUCUAAUCUCCCUCAACUCUUAUCCAGCCACAUCAGUGAGGCCACGGACUCCUCCGAUCUGACCUACGCGAACAGAUUUCUCCUUCACCAGCCCUCCGAUUCCAUGGGCUUCUCUGGUCUCCUCGUCCUCCCCCAAUCCUUCGGGGCGAUUUAUUUGGGAGAGACAUUCUGCAGCUAUAUUAGCAUUAAUAACAGCUCUAAUUUUGAAGUUAGGGACGUUGUUAUUAAGGCAGAAAUUCAAACGGAGAGGCAGAGGAUCCUCCUCUUGGAUACAUCAAAAUCACCUGUUGAAUCAAUACGCGCAGGCGGGCGUUACGAUUUCAUUGUGGAGCAUGAUGUCAAGGAACUUGGAGCUCAUACGCUGGUUUGCACUGCAUUGUACAAUGAUGGUGAUGGCGAACGAAAAUAUCUUCCACAGUUUUUCAAGUUCGCUGUUGCAAAUCCAUUAUCAGUUAGGACCAAGGUCCGCACUGUCAAGGAAGCUACCUAUUUAGAGGCUUGCAUAGAGAAUCAUACAAAAUCAAACCUUUAUAUGGACCAAGUUGAAUUCGAACCUGCUCCUCAUUGGAGUGCUAUAAUACUAAAAGCUGAUGAUCUCCAUCCUGUAGAUAAUUCGUCAAUUGGAGAGAUAUUUAAGCCACCUAUUCUUAUCAGAUCUGGCGGGGGAAUUCGCAAUUACCUUUAUCAAUUGAAAUUGUCUUCACCUGGUUCUGAACAAGUGAAGGUAGAGGGGACUAAUAUUCUUGGCAAACUUCAGAUAACAUGGCGCACAAAUUUGGGUGAACCUGGCCGCUUGCAAACACAGCAAAUUCUUGGCACUCCCAUCAGCUGCAAAGAGAUUGAGUUGCAAAUUCUGGAGAUUCCAUCUCUAAUCAAUUUGGAUAGGCCCUUUUCGGUACAUCUGAAUCUCACAAACCAUACUGAUAGAGAGUUGGGCCCAUUUGAGGUUAGGUUAUCACAAAAUGUUGCACAUGAGGAGAAGAUUGUUAUGAUUAAUGGUCUUCAGACUAUGGCAUUACCGCAGGUGGAGGCAUUUGGUUCCACUGAUUUCCAUCUGAGCCUAAUUGCAACUAAACUUGGAGUCCAGAGAAUUAGUGGAAUUACAGUGUCUGACACAAGUGAGAAGAAAACUUUUGAUCCAUUGCCAGAUGUGGAGAUCUUUGUGGAUUAAGAUUGAUUUAUCAAAUAGUUCUGAUUGGUUAGGCUUGCUGAAGUUUGAAUCAUCUCUCAACUUGGCAAAAGAUGCUUUAACGUGUAAGGGUCAUUGGCAUUAAUUAGAUUGAGCAGCGAUGUAGCAGCAAGCUAGUUCGAUGCUACCAUUGCCUAUAAUCAAUUGCAAGGGCGUCUUUUUGCCAUAUUUUUCAUGACUUGCAUUCCCUGUAUGAAAAGGCAGAUGGCUCCAAAUAUGUCUGUUUCGAUCCCUUUCCGAGGAUCAAAUACGCAGCUGCGCCAUCUGUUAGAUGAUAGAGUCUUCCAUGUUUUUACGUUGUCAUCAAGUAUUAGGAUAUCAGAAAGCUUUAUGUUAGUCUACACAACACGGGUGUAUUUGUUUAGUUUCGUGCUUGGAUAAAAAAAGGGUGUUUCUAGGAUUCUUUCUAUAAUUUUUCUAAACAUUUAGAAAUUGGAAUUGGCAAUACCUUUAUUUUGACCAGCUAGGUUAUGUCCUCAGUCAUUAUAAAGUAAC